CACACUCUCACUUUAGCCUUUAGCUUGACGGCUAGUCGCCGGGUCAUCAACAUGACGACCAUAUGCUAUUAUUAAACAGAAGAUAAGGAAUAUAAAGGACCGAAUGGGAUAAACAGCAAGUGUUUACCUGGAGGUGAGAGGUUUGCUGAAACUACAGAGAGAUCUAAUAGCCACUUGAACCAAGAUGCCUCAAAACAUCCUGAAAAGCACUCAUUACAUUGAGCUGGGCAGCUAUCAGUACUGGCCAGUGCUUGUGCCGAGAGGAAUCCGCUUGUACACCUAUGAACAGAUUCCCAUGUUUCUGAAGGAGAAUCCGUACAUCACAGAUGGAUACAGAGCACACCUGCCAUCAAAACUGUGCCUUAAAAGCAUAUUCAUUCUGUCCAACGAGACGGUGAACAUCUGGAGUCAUCUGUUGGGCUUCCUGCUGUUCUUCUCUCUGGGAGUGAAUGACAUGGCCACAGUCCUGCCAUCUGCAGGGGCGUCACGAGAGGACUACGUCAUCUACUCAAUAGGACUCUUCUGUUUUCAGGUUUGCAUGCUGUGCUCUGUGGGCUACCACUUGUUCUGUUGUCAUCGCUCAGAGAAGACAUGUCGCCGCUGGCUUGCUCUGGAUUAUGCUGGAAUAUCAGUGGGAAUUUUGGGAUGUUAUGUGCCUGGAGUCUUCUACGCCUUCUACUGCAACAGUUUUUGGAGGCAGGUGUACCUGCUGACGGUGCUGGCUCUCAUCUUGGCUGUGUUUGCGGCUCAGAUUCACCCGCUCUACCUCAGCCAGCAGUGGAAGAAGCUGCGCUCACUCAUGUUCUGCUUAGUGGCUGCAUACGGCAUCAUCCCAGCCUGCCACUGGGUCUGGAUCAAUGGGGGAUUUUCCUCAGAAAUCGUAAAGGUCUUUUUUCCUCGAGUCAUGAUCAUGUAUUUGAUUGCAGCCUCUGCGUUCCUUUUUUACGUCAGUAAAAUCCCAGAAAGAUACUUCCCAGGGCAGCUGAACUAUGUUGGUGCCAGUCAUCAGCUGUGGCACGUGCUGGUGGUGGUCAUGUUCUACUGGUGGCACCAAACCGCUGUUUACAUCAUGAACUACAGACACAAUCAGCCCUGCGGCAGCACUUAAACAUGCUUAUCAGUCCUUCUGAGCCCUUUAGCUUCACCAUAUUCACUUGUUUGGCAUUAUUUUAAAGUCGCGCUGAUAGAAUCGAACAAAGAAACUUUACCUCUCAUCUGCCUUUGAACAUCGUACCGUAGGGUUACGUGCAAUUUUGAGCUGAUCUGCCUGAAACGUGUUUCAUAUACAGUUUUUUGUCUGUUACUUUCUUUGUUUUUGACUCCUGUUGAGGUUUUUUUUUCCACUAUGGUAUCAAUGGGCUUGUGAAUCCAUCCAUUCUGUUAAUAUGUGGCCUCAUUUUAUUGGAUUGUCCUUCUAUGACUGAUGAAUUGUGUGGAGGUUGAUACUGUGAUACUGUAAUUGUGCGUUCACACCGAAAGCGGUGAGAGCGUCCAAGGUCGCUGUGUCUGCCUUCAGCUCCGGCAGCGAGAGCGUCAAAAUUCGUUACAUUGAUUUCGUAUUUGAAGAGGCGGUUGCAGCAUAUCAGUUAUAUUUUUGCAUAAAACAUGCUUUCUAGCAUGAAAAUGUUGCGCACUUAUUAUCAAAUUCAUUUAACAAUGGAAGAUCGAUGUGGCUUUGCUCCACUUGAUUAUCCAAUGUCUCCAUAAGUCUAAAAUAUCGUGAAGCUGCAACCCUGUUUUGUACUGUCGCAUGAGAUUCCCGCUUAUUUAAAGAUAUAAAACAUUAAUGCACAUCAGUAACUCGCCAGUAACUUAUUUAAUGUAUGUUCCUGUAAGAAAACAUCGUAAAUGAUUGAAAAUCCGGCGACCGCAAUAAUCAAACACUUGGGAACAACUGUUGUCGAAAUCACAGUUCACAGGACUGUGUUCUCUGAAGUUCAUUCUGAUUGCUUGCCGCUGAACCACGUCAUAGCUCAUUACCAUAAAGUCGACCUGAUUUCAACUCUCCUCGACGCCCACAACGGCGAAGACGCGCCGCGCUGUUCCUCGUAACUGGCAUUUAUUGAAAAUGAAUGACUUCCGGCUACUUUGUUGCUCUCGCCGCUUUCGUUGUGAACAUACGUUAAGCCAUAGGUCUCAAAGUCAAUUCCUGGAGGGCCGCAGCUCUGCACAGUUUUGUUCCUACCCUAAUCAGACACACCUGAUCCAACUAAUCAAGCUGUUCAAGACUACUCCUGAACACCUUGAUUAGUUGGAUCAGCUGUGGUUGAUUAGGGUUGGAGCAAAACUGUGUAGAGCUGCGGCCCUCCAGGAAUUGACUUUGAGACCCAUGCUGUAAUCUGUUUUAUACUUGUUUGGUAAAGGGAGCCAUUUUGAUGUAUUAAACACAUUGAGUUGAUGUACGUACGCACUGGAAACUGGGAAUUUAAAUGACCAAGAAAGCAUUACUUCAGUACUUUAUGUGAACAAUGGGUGAAAAUCACUAUACUUGCACUUGUUUAUUAUGAUUAUGUAUUUUGUAUUGAAGGAGCGGUCGACUGUUUCUCAAUCUCAUCCUUUUUAUAACUUUUUAUUGGUUGUUUGAUUUUUUUUUUUUCAUAUUUUAAUCUUUUGGAAUGCAAUCAACUUUUUAAAUGGUGAAGCUGAAUUAAAAAAAAAAACUUGUUUGUA